AAUAAGACCAACCGCUUUGCUAUUGUCCAAGUGGAAAGAGCCAAGUUUAUUAUGAGGACUAUAUGCUCUAGAGACCUCAGGCAAGGCUGCUCAUAGGAGGCUUUUCAUAAAACAAGGCUCUGCCCGUAUAAAGGAGGCCAGUUUUGAAUCAGGCGCUGAGCAGUACACAUCUACUCACCGUCUCGGCACCUUCGCCCGCCGCCUCCCCAUCGCCUUUUUCUUUUUCCGCUUUUGGUGCAACGUUUCCUCGAGCCUUUUCAAUGUAUAAAAUGGAGUAUUCUUACCUCAAUUCCUCUGCCUACGAGUCGUGUAUGGCUGGGAUGGACACUUCGAGCCUGGCGUCAGCCUAUGCGGACUUCAGCUCCUGCAGCCAAGCCAGUGGGUUUCAGUAUAAUCCUAUAAGGACCACUUUCGGGGCUACCUCGGGAUGCCCUUCCCUGACUCCCGGGUCGUGUAGUCUUGGGACGCUCAGAGACCACCAGAGCAGCCCGUACGCAGCAGUUCCCUACAAGCUCUUCACUGACCACGGAGGCUUAAACGAGAAGAGAAAGCAGAGGCGCAUCCGAACUACUUUCACCAGCGCUCAGCUGAAGGAGCUGGAGAGAGUUUUUGCCGAGACCCACUACCCUGACAUCUACACCAGAGAGGAGCUGGCGCUGAAAAUUGACCUCACGGAAGCUCGAGUCCAGGUUUGGUUCCAGAACCGUCGCGCCAAGUUCCGCAAACAGGAGCGGGCAGCAGCUGCGGCCGCCGCCGCCGCCAAAAACGGUUCCUCGGGCAAGAAAUCCGACUCCAGGGAAGACGAGAGCAAAGAGCCAAAAGCGACCGACCCCGACAGCACAGGAGGUCCUGGCCCCAACCCCAAUCCCACCCCUAGCUGUGGAGGGCCCAGUCCGACUGGGGGACAGGGAAAUACCGGGGGCAACGGGGCAGUCGAACAAGUUAAAUCUUCCGGAGCAGCUGGCCUGGGCGGGGGAGCUCCCGGUCAGGGCUGGGCGUCCGCCCCGGGCACAAUCACCUCCAUUCCUGACUCGUUAGGUGGACCGUUCGCCAGCGUACUGUCGUCUCUUCAAAGACCGAACGGAACCAAAGCUACUUUAGUAAAAAGCAGCAUGUUCUGAAUGAGCUACGCGAACGUUUUACACACCACGUAUCAUUGUACCUGUCGACUAAGUGACCCACGCAAGAGGGAUAUGCCAAAAUCCGGGAGCUCUUCCUCUUUUGUUUUUUAAAAAGGGAAACUUUAGCAUCAGGAAGACCCGUUAACGGGCUGGCACGAAUGUCAGCGGCAGACACUAUGCUUCAGUUCAGAAAAGAAACUGGUUAUGAACUACAGUGAAGCGAACCAGUGACCUGGCUGACAUUAGACUUCGUGUAGAAGAGACUUUUUCUUGGGGGGACGGGGUGAGGUUAACGCCAGCACUUGUGUUGAUUUUGUUAGGAAUAUUGGCUGUGACACGGUGAUCUACUUACUGGUGCCAGAUUGUUUCUUGAUAGUUUUUUAUACAUCUGUAAAAUAGAACAUGGUUUUUAUUCAUUUAGAUUUGCGUUUUUCAUGGUUGUCGACAUCUCCCUGUAAUAUGGCAUUUGGAGAACUUUCAUCAAAAAGACGGGACAACCGCAAAAGCUGACGUCGGAAGUGCAAAAGUCCUUUAUUCAAUGGGAUUGCUUAUUUUGUAACGUAACACGUAGCCACAAUCUGUCCGGUAGAACAUGUGUAAAAUAUCCACCGUUUCACGGUUUUUUGAAAACUUUUAUUUUAUUACUGUUAUUUUUAUUUUCCCAAAGGCACAAAGAAAAAAAAUGUCACUACUGACAGGAAUACGUAAACGUUUUUGUGUGUCUUUCUACAGCUGUGUUGUGUGACUCGAUUGUAUAGUGUUAAUAUAAGUAUAAAAUUGUCUACUAUAGUUGAUCCUAGAAAAUGUUUACCCUCGUAGUUUAUGGAGAGUCUUUAUGAAAUUUUACAGGUCAUCACGGGUUCAUUUCUUUUGAAGCAAAUCGGACUCAAACAUGGUAUUUAUUUUUAUCAUUCGCAUGUUACUCUUCAUUUUCUGUCGACUUCUCGCGUUUUGUUCUUUUUUUGGUGAACAUAAUCUCAUGUUUUGUUCAGGAUUUGAAAAUUAUUUAUAUGUAGGUAUAAUGAAUGCUUAUAUUUAAAAAGGAAAUAUUUCUACAUGUGCAUAUAGUUUUCCAGAAGUGUACCAUUAACUUGGUUGUUAAUAAUAAAAUGA